AUGACACACGAGGCAUCAUCGUCAUCUUCAGAUAACAACAACAACAACUCCAAUGUGGUUGAACUCAAACAAUUACCACCCUCGUCAGGUCUUUCCUUCUUAAAUGUCAAUUACGGUGCUUCCUCCUCACAAAGCUCGCUCACAGGUGACGCUAGUCCAGGAACCAUCUCUGACUCCAAUACGUCAAGUACUUCACAAGUGAAUUUGUUGUUGAAUCAUGGUCUAUCUUCUCAACAACCACCUCAUCCACAACAACAAGCAUUCCAACAUCCACCACUCGCUUCCACUUCUCCUCAUCACAGUAGUGGUUCAUUCAUUGGUGGUUCAUUGUAUCUUCAAAAUAGAACCAAUUCCAUUUCUCAAAGUGGUGGCACCAAACAUACAACCAUUCGUGAAAAUAGUGAUGCCCUCUCCUCUGAUGAUGCUUCUGAUGAUGUUCAAUCUCCUGGAGGUGCUGGAAUGGGUCAUCAUCCUCCUCAUGAUCAUCAUUCAGUCAAUGUGAAAGAUAUUGAAACAAAAAGUAAUAAGAGUGCUGCAACUUCAUCAAAAACCAAACGUUCUGGAUCAAGUGGAAGAUCUGGUUCUGCCACUGGUUCAGAUGCCAUUCGAAUUCACACACGAUGUGGAACUUUUGAGUUGAGUUGGUUGAAAGUGUUGAGUUUAAUGUCACUCAUUGUCAACUUGAUCGCAUUCCUUGUAUUGGGAGGUUUAAUUCUUGCUGGAUAUCUCACACAAUCCGAUUACAGCACUAAUUGGUUUGGACUCGAUACCGAUACUUCCUAUUAUAGAGAAAUGAUGGUUGCUAGUUGUAGAGCUGCUGUUUUUUCAAACUCUAAUCCUGUCAUUACAGCCAAUUAUUCUGCAAGAUAUUACGAUUGGCAGAAAAAGUUCACAGCCAAUGCUCAAUCAGUACAAAAAAGAGUACCUCCAAGUCUCCAAUAUACAGUCUCUCAUAAUAUUUCUGUUAUGGAAUUGAGAACUUCCAAAGCAGUGGCUACAGAAUUUGCUGCAUUGGCAUUGGCCGGUACUGGAAAUUACUCAACAGCAAUGACAUUGAUCGAAUCAGAUGUCUAUAAAUUUAAUUUGGAAGGAUAUUCAGUAGAGUUUCAACCCAUGGUGAAUUAUGUGAAAUCAAAGAGAGAUGAAGGAUCCAACUACUCAUUACUUGUGACCACCAUUUCAUUGGUUGUGAUUUGUGUAUCAUUAUUGGUGGUCAUCCCAACGGUGGUGGCUUCUAUUGGUUUGAGUUUGAGAAAGGACUCUGUGAAUACCAAGAAAUUACAAAAGGUUAAGGCACACUUGUUGAUGGACACCAUGAAGGAUAACAAACUCAGAGAAUUGUUCAAGGCACACUGCAAGCAAGAGUUGAGCUUGGAAAACUUUUUACUUUUGGAUAAGAUUACCGAUUACAAAAAGUUGUGUGAACGAAGUUUUGAGAUUCAAGUCUAUCUCUAUGACAAUGAUCAAACAACCUCAGAUGCAACCUCAGAAGGAGGACUUAGUGUGGAACAACCUAAAAAGAAGAAGAAGGGAUUCACUGAAAAAGAUCUUAUUAAUAUUGAAAAGAAGAAGUAUGAAAUUGCAUUUGAGAUUUAUAGUGACUUUUUGGAAGUUAAUGGAGAACACUCUGUCAAUCUUAAUAAGCAAAUGAUCGAUCGUGUGAAGGAACAUUUAGAUUUCUUUGCCACUGGUCAAAAUGAACAUUUGGCUGACGGUAUUUUCGAUGGCGUCGAAAACGAAAUUUGUAUUCUCAUGCUCGACACUCAUGCUCGAUUUGUGCAAUCGGUUCAAUUCCAAAAACAAUUAAGAAAGGAAGCUCUGACUACAUUCAAGAUUACUACAUUGAAAAAGAACAAGAAUGCAACUAACAGCCAAUCCAAGUAG